UUUCUGCUCGACCCAUUUCCUUUCCUCUUUGCAUUCUUCCCUCCUUUCCUUCCGCCUUCCUUCCUUCCUUCCCGACGCGCGCUUGGCCUCGCAACAAAGUUGCAGCGCCAGCCUCGGCGGAACGGCCGGCGCCCCCCUUUGGCGCCCUCGCCUGCACGGGUAUCCCCCGGAUUCGAACCGGGGGCGGGGCGAGGAAGUCGGGGUAGGUGCAGAGAGACAGAAAAAGAGAGAGGGGGGGAAGAGAAAAAAGGGGGGGUGCUUCAGUUUGGUGCAGCCCCAACGCCCCUCUCCUCCUCCUCAGUCGCCGCCGCUGCUUCUCGUCUGGAUUCGCCCGGCUGGAUCUGCGGAGGAUUGAUUGAUUUUCGGGGGAUCUUUCGCUCAGCUGGAAGGGGUGAUCUGUGCCUCCCGAGGAGCUCUGGUUUGGAUUUGGGGACGGGGCACGGGGCACGAAGCUUGGCUCUGCCUGCCUGCCCUCCCACCCCGCCGCCCUCUUUCUCCAGAAAGAACUUGAGAUUCAUCGCAGUCGUUCCCCGUUUUUCUCCCCUCUGGAUAUUCUCCCCUAGCUGGUCUUUUUCUCUUUUUCCAACAACCUCCCCCCCAACGAGAGAGGGGGGCGCCGUUUCUCAAGGUCACUGUGGAUUUAUCUUCGGGUUUUUGCCUGCCUCUGGAUGUGGAUUGCCCCCUGGGUGGCUUAGAUUGGAUCGCCCCUGUUUAGCUUUUCCAGGGUUGCUGGAUUAAUCUUUCUGGUCCCCCCUCCCCUUUGGCUGCCUCCCAUCCCCUCUUGGUUCCUCCGGAUUUCAUGAGCCAGAAAAAUAAGGUGGAUCGUACAAAAAAAUCCCAAUAAAACGAAAUUGUGGGGGAUUAAUUUUUUUUUAGGGGUCUUCAACUGGCUUUAGAGAUGGAUGGCAAGAUCAGACAAAGCAGAAAAUCCCGGUCCCAAAGGGAUCGGGUGAGGCGCAGAGACCCCAAUGGCAGGGAUAGACUUCACCAAAGCCCCUCCUCGACCUCCGAAAGGGAAGCCAGCCCUGGCAAAGAGAAUUCCAGCCAGAGUGGUCUGCUUCCCAAGAGCCAGGCUUCCGCGGGCAGAAAUGCCAGACCUCCGAGGCGGCGGAGGCGGGAAUCCAGUUCGCAGGAAGAGGAUUUAAUCGAUGGAUUUGCCAUCGCCAGCUUCACCACCAUGGAAGCCUUGGAGAAGGACAUGUCACUGAAGCCUCAGGAGAGAAAGGAAAAAUGGGAGAGACACCCUGGAAAGAAACUUCGGGAAAGCGAACAUUGUGUCUCGGCUGAACCCAGCGAAAACGGGCACAGUAACGACGCCGGAAGUUCGGGGAGAGAAACGGAUCGAGGGAAGGAGAGAGUGAAAAAGAAAAUUCCGUUGAAGGUCCAGAAGCAGAUGAAGGUCCCAGCGAGACGGGGUGGCAGGAACAGUGAAGAUGACAGCAUCCGGGAAGCUACCAGCUCCCAGCUCAGUAGCUCGAGGGACUGCCUCAGUGAUAGUUCUGCUCAGUCGUUGUCAGGAAAAGGUUAUUCGUGUGACAGCGAGAGCGAUAUUGACGAUAAGAAUUCAGCGGAUCUGGAGUUACCUCAUAUCAGGAGCGGCUUGGUAGCCAACAAGGUGUCGGAAGGUUCCGAGAAGCUGUUCACCCCUCCAGCAACGAAAGGUCCAACCUCGAAUGACAAGCCUGAAACGAAAGCAGGAAACCUCCCUAAAGUUUCCGGGCUUGAACGCAGCCAGGAAGUGAACACGGACCUGCCGUUCGUUCUGCCCCUCUCCAGCCCACCACCUGCCCCCACAAUCGUGACGUCCAGCUCUUCCGUACCCACGUCGAGCACCCGGGCGAGCCCGCUACUGAAAAAGGAACCGUUGAUCUCAGCACCAGCACCUCCGAGGCUCACCCCUCAGCCACAGCCUCGACCCCAGUCUCAACCUCAACCUCGGCCCCAGUCGCAACCUCAGUUGUUGCCCGAGCUUCGGACACAACUGCCGGGUCAUAUCCCCCCUCCUCUCGGUUACCAAGUCCAUCAUCAAGUGGCCCACAACGGAAUCAAUAAUAUCAGCAGAAGCAGCAGUGCCAGCAGCGCCACGAGCAUUAGCCUGCCCAAGCACCUUUCUCUCUCCCCACAGAUCCCACCCCACCACUCCUCUGGCCCUGUGGUGCCCCUUUCCAUCUCCAACCUUGCCGCUUCGCACUUCCCUCUCCGGUCGCAGUCCCAACAUCAGCAUCAUCCGGCCAUGUUCGCCACCCCUCCCACGCUGCCGCCCCCACCUCCAGCCUUGCCCACCAACAGCCUUGUGAUCCCAGGACACCCUGCAGAUACCAGCCUGUUGAUAUCAUUCAACCAACCAAUCAUGUAUUGCCAGCCUCAUUCGGGGAUUCUGAUUGGUACAUUGUCACAGGCAUCUCUCUUACCUCCACCAAUGAGUUCUCACGUAGAAAACCAUCACAGCAUGACGUGCAGAAAUAGGGAAUGCCAGUUCGACAAAUAUGCUCCCAAACUUGAGAAUCCUUACUUUCGACAUUCCAAUUUCUUUCCAAGUUACACCCCCAACGUGCCAGGAAUGCCUUCCAUGCUCCCCCACCCAGGUCCUUUCGGGUCCCUCCAAGGAGCCUUUCAACCCAAGACUUCGAACCCGAUCGAUGUGGCCAGCAGGCCCAGCACAGUGCACCACACGCUUCUGCAGAAGACGCCAGGGGUGGCUGACGCCUAUCGGGCUCCUGUACGAGUAAGUAAGAAGCCCGGGAAAUGGUGUGCUGUCCAUGUACAAAUUGCUUGGCAGAUCUACCAUCACCAACAGAAGAUAAAGCAAAUGCAGCUGGAUCCCCACAAGCUUGAAAUCGGUGGAAAACUUGACCUCUUCAGCAGACCGCCAGCUCCCGGCGUCUUUCCUGGCUUCCAUUAUUCUCAAGAUCUUGCCCGGCCCCUCUUCUCCAGCACAGGGUCUGCUCAUCCAAACUCCACCCCAUUUGGAUCCUCGCCUCAUCACAGCAGUUUCCUGCCCACCAGCCAUUUGGCAGGUAGGUAUCCGUUUACAAGGUCAAGCACCUUCAGCGGCCUUGGAAACUUAAGCAGCAAUGCCUUUGGCGGAUUAGGCAGCCACACUUUGAGUCACAGCAGCCUCUUUGCUCACAAAGACGGUCCGAACGUCCAGACCUUCGGCAGCCCCCACGAGCCCUGGAACCGGCUGCACCGGACGCCGCCCUCUUUCCCCACGCCGCCUCAGUGGCCGAAGCCAGGCGACGCCGAGCGGAGUUCCUCAGUGACGAACCACGACAGGGACCGAGACUCCGAGAAGAGGGAGCUUUCCUCCAGUAAAGAAGAGAGGGAGAAGGAGAGGGAUCUUCUGGAUAAAAGUAGGCACUCAAACCGAUCCUCGCCGGCUUCGGCUCCUGUGACGCACCAGAUCAGCAACCUCAUCCGUAGCAACAGCCAGGCGUCGAGCGACUCCGGACGGCAAGUUGCCCUCCUGGACCGAGACCGAUCGAAAGAUCUGGAGAGAGAGAUCCCUGACAGGCUCAGAGAUCUUCCUCCAGUGGCCGACCAGAAGAUCAAAGAAAGCCGCUCCCCGGUGAAGGAGCCUCCAAACCAUGAAAAGAGGUCCCUGGAGGACAACACCAAGCCCGUCAUCCAGUCGGUCUCCCCGUACAGCAAGCCGGCGUUGAGCGAGAGCUUGAAACUGAGCAACCUGAUGAACAAGGACAUGGAGAGGAAGCCCGAGCUGCUGACGGACCUCCAGAAGAUUAAGAACGACAUCAAAGUCAAGGAAGAGCGCAAAGAGGAGAGCGACGUCUUGGUGGUGAGCUCGGAAACUUCCCAGCAUCCCCGAAGCGCCGAGCACCCGCCACCCCCUUCCCUCCACGGGUUGCCCCUGCCCCACACCAUGGCGGCUGCCAUGCCCAUCUCCAUGGGCAGCGUCCACCAGAUGAACAACAUGAACGUCCUGGAACGCAGCCGGAUGAUGACGCCGCUCAUGGGCAUGAACCCACUCGCGGGGCGCGAGAGGCUACCCCACCCAGGGUUUUCCUGGGACCCCAUGAGGGACCCCUUACGCGACGCCUACCGGAGCUUAGAUCUACAUCGCCGGAUGGACUUCCAGCUCCGAGCGGAUCCCAUCCACAGGUUUCCGGCCGCCUCGGGUUUUUACGACCACGAGCGUUCUUACCGGGACCGCGAACCCCAUGACUACAACCACGAAAACCUUCUGGAAGCCCGCCGGGAACAGGAGCGGCUCCGGCAAGUGGAAGAGAGGGAGCGGUUGCACUUACGGGAAGAGCUCGAGCGUGCCCGGAUACACCACUUGCACACGUCGCCCAUCGAAAGCCACCUGGCCCACAUGCCUUCCUUCAUGUCUCAUCUCAGCAGCAUGCAUUACCCCAGACUUAGCCCUUCGGCCGCCAUGCACAACGGGAUUUUGAACAGGAACCCGCCCACCGCUGCGCUCAGCGCUCCGCCCCCCUUGGUCCCGGCGAGUAGUACGAGGCCCUCCUCCCCCCGUCGGACUACCCCGCUCACAAACUCGGAAUCUCGGGACUAUUCCCCAUCUAGAAAUGCCAAAGAAGUAGAGGCACGAUAGUUCGCGGUGGCCCACCUGCAGGAUGAAUUUCCCACGCGCCCCCCCAAAAUUCGCCUGGAUCCAUAGAGGAGGAUGGGGAACGGCAGGGGAGGCGGGGACAAAAACCCUUUUUUUAAAAAAAAUGCACUGCUGUAAACUUUUUUUUAAAAAAAACUGUAAAAUUUGUAGACAUGAAGCACAGUUGUGAAAGCGAUGGAAGGGUGGGGACGGGGGCACGCGCGGAAGGGGGGCAUCCGAGGUUACGAACCUUUCUCGACCGCACGGUUGCUGAAACAAAAAAAAAUGGAAAUUUUAAUAUAUAGGUCUUUGGUUUUUCUCGUUUCCUGGUUUUAUUUUUAUUUUUAUUUUAUUUCCUCCCCCGCCCCCCCCCCUUUGCUUCUGUGCUGAGUUAAAAACUAUUAUCAGGUUUGUAUAUUUUAUUUUAUUUUAUUUUUUGUUUUGCCCCAAAUGCCAGGAACAUUUUUAAUGAAUGUAUUGGGUUUUUUAAAAAAAAUUGUGCUCUUUGUUCACACACACACACACACACACACACACACACACAAGCAAAAGGAAAAGAAAGUUUUUGUUUCUAGUUUAAAUUUUGUGGCCUCAGAUUCUUAAGUAAAAAAAAAAAAACAUACAUCCAGGGUUUCUUAAAAAGUAUUAUUUAUGGAGAUAACUGUAGUUUCAUACAGUCCACUGUGAGGUUUCUGGACUGAGGCCACUGAUUUCUCUGGUACUUUGAAAUUGAAGUUACAGAUAUAUAUUGAAAAAAAUAAUUAAUAAUAAUAAUUAAUAAUAAUGUACAAAAACUGUUUGUUUUUUGCCUUAUAUUAUGGAGAAAAUUAGAGUUUUUUUGACUUCUUGUUUUAAAACGCAGCAACAAAAGAAAGCAACAUGUAAAUACUCUGUUAAUAUAAAUGUACACCAAUAUUGAAUUCUUAACAUAGGUAGACUUUAUAAAAAAAACCGGUUUCUAGAACCA